UUGAUAUCCCUGAAGCAUCUGAUGUAAGGACAAAAAAGAAAAUACUUCAGACUGUGGGGGAGCGAUGGAGACAGUUUAUGUCUGAUUUGAUGUCAAAAUGGGCACUUGCAACUGACAAGGAUAGUGUCGAUGACACUAUAUGCAAAAAGUACGACAUUAGCAGGAGAAAUGGACCCAAUUUUGUCAGAGCCGCAGAGAUCCUUUGUGGGAGGAUGUGCGAAAAAAGGCAUAGGCUAUCUAGAAGCAAAACAUUUCCCUUCAUGUGUUGUCUCGUGGGGGUUAUGAAUAUUUAGAAAAUAAGUUGAUGGAUGAGAAGAGAGAGAAAAAAUUGAAGGAAGUUGCUCAAUCCAGGAGCACUGACACUAUCAUUGAUCCUCCAUCUCCCAUCAAACGACACGUGAAGUGGAAGCUAGCUCGCACCAAGAAAACUGGCCACAUGUCAUCUGAGGUAGCAAAGGAAAUUGUUGACAGGAUUGAUUCGUUGGAGGAGAAAGCCUCACAGGGUUCCUUUGUCAUCCAUGGACGUCAUGAUGUACUGACUGUUGCCAUUGGGCAACCAAAACACCCUGGUAGUGUGCGUGCUGCAGGAGCCAGUGUAACCAUCAAACAAUACUUUGGAUCGGCUUCAAGGACCUCCUGCACUUCUUCCUCCAUGGCUCCCGAAGACCUAUAACAGUUGACGCAACAAAUCAGGGACCAGUUGGAGGACUCGAUCACAAAAAAAGUAACUCAACGGCUAAUGUUAUCGUUCAGCCAGAUGUAGUCCUAGUUUCAGUCGCAGAUGCAAUCACAGGGACUCGCAUUGCCUCCUGAACCUAAGGUUGGUCCUUCAGCUGCUCAUGUCAGCAUAAAGGAGAGUUGUGUUAAUCCCUGUCAUACAUUAAUUUCGUUCAGGGACCAUUGUUUGUCGGUAUGCGACUUUCAUUUGACCACUUCAAAAUAUUUAACAUCCAUCGCCAUGGAAUCUAUAAACUUCCGAGAUGUUUCGAAGAGAAACCGACCAAGAACACGAAAAUGAGAGUGUAUUUAGCAAAGUGGGGGAGUGUGUAAAUAGACUGUUACACCCUAAUUUCAUCUGGGGACCGCUGAUGAUCGCUUUGGAAGGCAUAACACCCAUCGCCGUGGAAUCCGUAAAGUUCCAUGAGGUUUUAGAAGGAAAACAGCCAAAAAACACAAAAAAAUGGGAGGUGAACUUAUCAGUCUGGGAGUGUAAAUAGCAAUUUUAAAAUCUGGGCCCCUCUAGAAGAUUCUGGGCAUUUCAUUGCUUAAGGUGGAAGCAACCUAGCUCUCCGGGGCGAGCUGGGCGGCAACCACCUCCUUCGUUUUGUUAAAAAAUGGCUUCUAGGGCUUUUGUAAUGCUUCCAUAAAAUUUCCGAAAACCUUGGAUAAGCAUAUUUAACUUUAUAUUAGUGAAAGGGAAUAGAAAAAAAGAGGAAAAUCAAGUCCUAUAUGCUUUCGUAAGGCUUCUGUAACUUUUCUGUAAAUUACGAAAAAGGGGGGGAGAACUUAUCAAGAUGGGGGUGCAAAUAGAAUUUUCAAAUUUUCGAAUCUUGGUCCUUACAGAUCAUUUU